AUGAAAAUCCCGCCGUUACCGACGAGCCAGAACAGGUUUAUGAUCAGGAUUCUGAUGACGAAGAAGUCGAAUUGGCUUAUAUCCGUCGUUUUAAUAAUCAGAAUAGGAAACCAAAGCCCAAAUUUAAUUACCAAUCCAAUGAUUAUCCACUGGCUAAUCACAACCGAUCAUCCUACCAACAACAGCCAUAUAAUCAACGGGGUAAUUACCAAAAUUCUACCAACCCUUUCUAUCAACGUAACAACAACUUCCGAUAUCAAUCGAAGAAUAACAAUUUCAACUCUUCUAAGAAGUUCAAUCCAAUACGGAACAAUUACAGACCUCAAAACCAACCUCUGGUUUAUAAGAUAG